AUGAGUAUGGUGACAACGUCGAAGCCUGCUACGAUCACCGAGGCUAUUGAUCUGAGUGUAGCACUAACCGAAGAGGCAAUCAGUGCUAACAAGAAGAAAGAUGUGAACCCACCAGCUGAGGUCAAGAGUGUUGUUGAAAACAAAGGAAAAGGGUAUAUGGGCACUCUGCCCAAAUGUGAUGUGUGCCAGUACCAUCAUGCCGGCCAAUGCAGAGUUAGGAAGUGUGAGUCUUGUGGGAAGGUUGGCCAUUCGAAGGAGACAUGCUGGGCUGGUAUUGGCCGUGGUGGUCAGAGAGGUUAUGGCAAUGGAAACAAUAACCGUGGUGGUAAUGGGUAUGGAAACCGCCCUCAAGGAGGAAAUGGCGGUAAUGGUAAUCGUGGUAAUUUUGGAAAUCAAGCUGGUAGUGGAAACCGUGGAGCAAACAACAACCAAGGUGGUAAUGGAAAUGGUAAUGGUCGAGGACUAGGUUGUUUUAAUUGUGGAGAUGUGGGGCACUUCAAGAGAGAAUGA